CCUAGCUAUCUAUCUAUCUUUUCAUUCUUCUUCUUCUUCUUCUUCUUCUUCUUCUUCUUCUUCUUCUUCUUCUUCUUCUUCUUCUUCAAUUCAAUUCAGUUCGUUCUCUCAUGUGUCAUUAUUUCCCUUUACUACACUCAUCACAAUCUCUAUCUAACUUUCUUGAUGAUGAUGAUGAGCAUGUUUGUUUCAUGUUUGGUACUACCCAUUGCUAAUUAUAUUAACAUUAUUCCCUUACCUUCUUUCUAAAUUAAUUACCUUCUUCUUCUCUCCUUCUCUCUCAAGUUUUGCAUCUUUUUCAGAAGAAAAAGAAAGAAAGAAAGAAAGAAAAGCAAGAGAGAGAAUCUGAGUAUGUAUAAACAAAUCACACUUUAACUGCUUCUUCCGCUUUAAUUUGUGAGCAUCAUCUUGUGUGAUUUGAGUAAAGCUAAAAAGAAGAUGCCGUUAGAAGGGAUUUUCAUGGAAGCAAGUUCAUCAACCACACCUACCCCUGAUCUUUCCCUUCAAAUAAGCCCUCCAACUAUCUCUUCUUCUUCAUCUUCUUUGAUCUGCAAAGGUAGUAGUAGUAGUAGUAGUAAUCAUCAUAAUAACCAUAAUAAUAAUAAUAAUAACUUCCCUGAGCUUUCUCUUGGAAGCAAUUUCAUCAAUUAUUCAAAUAGCAGCAGCAGCAGCAGUUAUUAUAGAGCGAUUAGCGGUGCUCAUCAUCACAUAAAUUAUGGAGGAGUUUCACUUCUUGAUGCAUCUGACGGUGGAGGAGUGUUAAGAAGGCCAAUCAAGGGUAUUCCGGUGUAUCACAACCGUUCGUUUCCCUUCAUGGCAACAUCAUCAUCACCGUCAACAAUGGAAUAUUCUAGAGAAAACAACAAGGUUAAUAUGUGUUCAUAUCACCACCACCAAUACAUGAUUCCUUCUUCAUCACCAUCAUCACUACCUAAUAAUAAUAGUAAUUACUUUAUUGGACCCGCACCUUCUUCUUCUUCUUCUUCUUCGCCGGCUUUGGAUCCAAUCACAAGGCUCACUGCCUUCAAAUCUCAUCAUCAUCCAUUGCACCAUCAUCAUCAUGAAGUACCACCAUCGCAUCAUCAUCAUCAUCAUCAUCAUGGUGGGUUUAUGAUGCGAUCCAGCAGGUUCUUGCCCAAGCUACCAACAAAGAGGAGCAUGAGAGCGCCCAGAAUGAGGUGGACAAGCACCCUCCAUGCCCGAUUUGUUCACGCUGUUGAGCUUCUUGGCGGCCAUGAAAGAGCAACUCCAAAGUCAGUUCUUGAACUCAUGGAUGUGAAGGAUCUCACAUUAGCCCAUGUCAAAAGCCAUUUGCAGAUGUAUAGAACUGUUAAGACCACUGACAAGCCUGCAGCUUCUUCAGAUGGAUCCGGGGACGAUGACAUGUCGCCGGUGGGCGGCAGCGGUGACUGUAGUGGCAGUCUCCGGCAAUUUUCGGACCAAAGAGGGCGGCCGGAUCGGUCAUUAUUGCAACAAGAUAUGGACUACUCUUCCACCACCACCACUCUAUGGAGUAACUCUUCAAGUUGUAGAGAGACAUGGCAACAAACUACAUCUGAUAUAAAUGGUCUAAGACAACCUAUCUUACACUCUCAAACAAAAUCGGGAGGGCAAAAUAGUCAUAUUCAGGAGUGCGAUUCAACGCAACUGAAGAACAAUUUGCAAGGUUCUAAUAAUUUGGAAUGCAAGAACCCAUGCUUGGAGUUCACAUUAGGCAGACCUGAUUGGAAUGGCAAAGAACAAGCCUAAUUAUAUAUUAAUAAUUUAAUUUUGAUCGAUAAAUUAUGAUUCCUCAUUCUCUUUUAAUUUUAUGCAUUUUAAUUAUAUAUAUAUGGAGAGAGUGGUGCCUAGGGUUCAGGAUUCAGGAGAUAAAAGAAAAAGUCAUGCAUAUAUAUACUGUUCCUCCCGGAACUGUGUUCACUUAACGAACAAUUUUGUUUAUCUUAUUAUUAUAAUUAUAUUUAUUAGUCAUGCA